AUGGCGGAUCUGGAUGGCAGGAGAGCAGGCUGUGAAGAAGGUCAGGAAGCAUCAUGCCAGCCGCAACCCAACUCUGGCCCGCGGCAUUGGGAGGUAUUCCCGAUCGGCCAUGUUCGCAAGGAAGGCUAUGUACAAGCGCAAGUACAAGGCCCCUGAAACAAAGAUUGAGAAGAAGAAGCGGGAGAAGGCUCGUGCUACUGUGACCAAGACAGUAGGUGGAGAUAAAAAUGGCGGCACCCGCGUGGUUAAGCUCCGCAAAAUGCCACGUUACUAUCCAACUGAAGAUGUUCCCCGGAAGCUUCUGAACCACGGCAAGAAGCCCUUCAGCCAGCACAAGCGCAAUCUGCGCUCCAGCAUUACCCCAGGAACCGUGCUGAUUCUUCUCAAUGGACGACACAGGGGAAAGCGUGUUGUCUUCCUGAAGCAACUUCAGACUGGUCUUCUCCUGGUUACAGGCCCUCUGGUCAUCAACAGAGUUCCCCUUAGAAGAGCUCACCAGAAAUUUGUCAUUGCCACAUCCACCAAAGUUGACAUCUCCAGUGUAAAGAUCCCAAAACACUUAACUGACUCCUACUUCAAGAAGAAGAAGCUGCGUAAGCCCAAGCACCAGGAGGGAGAGAUCUUUGACACAGAGAAGGAAAAAUAUACAGUUACACAACAGCGCAAAGCAGACCAGAAGUUUGUUGACUCUCAGCUCCUGCCUGUUAUCAAGAAAGAGACCCAACUUCGUGGAUAUCUACGCUCAAUGUUUUCUCUGUCAAACGGAAUGUACCCACACAAACUGGUCUUCUAAAAACUUCACACAGGGUUAUUAAAAAAAUAUAAAUCUCUUA